AUGUCCUUGCGUGUCCCCGGGACGGGGGCCGGCUCGCCAACACGCUCUAUCGUCCGGGUCCGGUCCGCCGGGUCGGCCGAGCGGCGGCGGCGGCGGCGGCCACCAGCGGCAGACCGGGCUGGGCCCGGUGCGGCCCGGUGCGGCCCGGUGCGGCCCAGCGCGGCCUAG